CAAACUAGUAAACGCUAAUUUUGCUGUCUUUUGACAUUUUAUGGUCACGUGACAGUCCUGUCAGCUGGGCAGGACGUUGCAAAGAUGGUGAUCUUCAGUGUGUAUGUGGUGAACAAGGCUGGGGGUUUAAUCUACCAAUAUGACAAUUAUGUCCCGAGAGCGGAGGCCGAGAAAACUUUUAGCUAUCCUUUAGAUUUAGUGCUGAAGCAUCACGAUGAAAAGGUCAUCGUAUCGUUUGGACAGAGAGACGGAAUCAGAGUGGGCCAUGCAGUGCUGUCCAUCAAUGGAGCCGAUGUGCUUGGCAAGAACACAGCAGAAGGAAAGGACAUCCUUGAAUAUUUAAAGGAUUCCUCAAAUUAUCCAGUGUCUAUUCGCUUUGGACGGGCACGCCUGAGCUCUAAUGAGAAGCUGAUGCUGGCGUCCAUGUUCCACUCGUUGUUUGCUAUAGGUUCACAGCUGUCCCCGGACGUUGGCAGUUCAGGGAUUGAGAUGCUGGAAACGGACGUCUUCAAACUCCACUGCUUCCAGACUCUCACCGGGAUCAAGUUCAUCGUGCUGGCGGACCCUCGACAGUCUGGCAUUGAUGCCCUAUUGAGGAAGAUUUACGAGAACUAUUCAGAUUUUGCCCUCAAGAACCCGUUUUAUUCUCUGGAAAUGCCAAUCAGGUGUGAACUCUUUGACCAGAAUCUGAAAGGUUCACUGGAGAUCGCAGAGAAAGCUGGAAACUUUGGAGCUGGAUCUUGAACCAGUUGAAGGUGGUUUAAGGGGGAAAAGUGGAUUUUCUUUUGUUUCUUUUUCCGCGUUGUUAUCGGACUGGCAUGUAAAUACGUUGUUUUGUAAAUACUUGAAGAUUAAACAUUAUCUGUCAAAGUUC